AUGGACAAACGUUUAGCAUAUCUUCUCCUUCUGUUUAUCAUCGUCGAACAAGUGUUCACCACUCCAGUCGAUGGUACAAGCGGUUCACUAUCACCCGCUGAAAUGAAUCAAAAGAAAUGGAAAACAAGCGAAGUGCUGAGUUGUAUUCGUCGUUUAAAAUCGUUUUUACUUCGACCAAUCAAAAAUGAUCUUUCAACAAAAGUAAUCGACUGCCUUCAAGAAAAGGCUCAAAAAGCAAAUAAAAAAAGCAAAAAGUCAUAA